UGCACGGAGGAGGUCACAUUUCGUUUCAAGACCUUUACAGAAAACCACUACGAACCCAGCUACUGAUACUUGCCUUCUUCAUACAUCAGUACAGAUCGCUCUCAAAAGCACAUCAAAUACAGUAGAAUGCAAGCCAAGUUCAGUUUCUUCCCGGACUUGCGGCAAUGACCUUGCAAAAGCUGGGCUUGAGCUGGCAGCACAGAGCUCGGUUGCUUCGCUCUAGGUCGGAAGAAUGGCAGCACUGAACCCACACAGUGUCCUGGUGACUGGCUCCAAUCGUGGCCUUGGCUUGGAGAUGGUCAGGCAACUCGUCGGGGGAAAGAACCCACCGAAAAAGAUCUUUGCCACCUGCCGAGACCCGGAGGGAGCACGUGCUCAGGACUUGAGGAAUUUGGCUCGUGAACACAAGCAAAUAGAGAUUAUCAAACUGGUUGUUUCUGAUCCAACCAGCAUCAAGGCUGCUGCAGCCAGAGUCACUGAACAGCUGGGAGGAUCUGGGCUGAAUUUGCUGAUAAAUAAUGCUGCGAUCGCAAAGGUCAGCACUCUGGCGGCAGAGACACGGGAGAAUAUGAUGGAGGUGUAUGAAACGAAUGUGGUUGGGCCCAUGAUGGUGAGCCAGGCAUUCACGCCCUUGAUCAAGAAGGCUGCUCAAGAAAGUCCCCAGAAAGGGAUGAGCUGCAGCAAAGCAGCCAUUAUCAACCUGUCCAGCGAAGGCGGCUCCAUCACCAAUGUUCUCCUGUUCGAGUCUGGACAGGUCGUCAAUUACCGGUGUAGUAAGGCUGCCCUGAAUAUGCUCACCAAGUGCCAGUCCUUGGCUUAUGCAGAAGACAAGAUCCUGUGUGUUGCGAUGCAUCCAGGAUGGGUGCAGACAGAUAUGGGAGGCGCCAUGGCCAAACUGAAAGUAGACCAGAGUGUGCAAGACAUACUGAACACAAUUUCCAAACUUUCGGAGAAAGACACUGGCACCUUUGUGAAUUGGGAGGGGAAACCUGUUCCCUGGUGAGCAGAUUUUCCCAGAACCGGAGGAAGAGCAAUACAAACAAUGCUAACAGCAACCUUUAAUUAAAUAUAUCCUAUACUGCGGAAUAUCUUUCUUCCUUCUAACUGCCCCAUAUGCUUAUUUUGGGCUGCUGUACAUUAUCUAAUUCCUUUGCCAUUUUCUUUAAUAGGAGGUGGUUAUGGUGGAAAGCACAUACUAAUUACAGUAGAGUCUCACUUAUCCAACAUAAACGGGCCAGCAAAACAUUGGAUAAGUGGAAAUGUUGGAUAAUAAGGAGGGAUAAAGAAAAAGCCUAUUACUCAUCAAAUUAGGUUAUGAUUUUACAAAUAAAGCACCAAAACAUCAUGUUUAACUACAAAUUUGAUAGAAAAAGUAGUUCAAUACGCAGUAAUGCUAUGUAGUAAUUACUGUAUUGACUAAUUUAGCACCAAAAUAUCAUGAUGUAUUGAAAACAUUGACUACAAAAAUGAGUUGGAUAAUCCAGAACGUUGGAUAAGCGAGUGUUGGAUAAGUGAGAGACUACUGUACUAAUUACAGUAGAGUCUUACUUAUCCAACAUAAACGGGCCGGCAGAACGUUGGAUAAGCAAUUAUUUUUCAUUUGUUUACAUCUUCCAGUACAGUAGAGUCUCGUUUAUCCAACGUAAACGGGCCGGCAGAAUGUUGGAUAAGCGAAUAUGUUGGAUAAUAAGGAGGGAUUAAGGCAAAGCCUAUUAAACAUCAAAUUACAUUAUGAUUUUACAAAUUAAGCACCAAAACAUCAUGUUUUUUCAACAGAAAAAGCAGUUCAAUACACAGUAAUGUUAUGUAGUAAUUAGUAAUUCAGUAGAGUCUCGCUUAUCCAACGUAAACGGGCUGGCAAAAUGUUGGAUAAGUGAAUAUGUUGGAUAAUAAGGAGAGAUUAAGGAAAAGCCUAUUAAACAUUAAAUUAGGUUAUGAUUUUACAAAUUAAGCAACAAAACAUCAUGUUAUACAACACAUUUGACAGAAAAAGUAGUUCAAUACACAGUAAUGCUACGUAGUAAUUACUGUAUUUACGAAUUUAGCACCAAAAUAUCAUGAAAUAUUGAAAACAUUGACUACAAAAAUGCGUUGGAUAAUCCAGAUCCAGCGAGUGUUGGAUAAGUGAGACUCUACUGUACUAAUUACUGUAUUUAUGAAUUUAGCACCAAAACAUCACAAUGUAUUGAAAAUAUUGACUACAAAAACAUUGACUACUGAAAAAGUUGACUUCAAAUAAAGAUAGAAUUGCAUAGAAUGAACGUACAGUAACAACAUUGUCAGAAAUUAAAUCUGUAAAAAGUUCAGGCCUUGCUGCCUAGAGAAACAGCUGGGGAUCUGGGCGGGAGGCAGACUGCGUUGGAUAAUACAGAACAUUGGAUGAGUGAAGGUUGGAUAAGUGAGACUCUACUAUAUAGUUAUUUUCAGACUAUGGAAAAGUUAUGUUUUGAACUACAACUCACUUGGCCUAUGGUCUAAAAAAAGUACUUUCCCAAAGCUUUGUACUUUUUCAUGAUAGUGGUAGAAAUCAGUCUCUCCUAGCAGAGAGAUUGUUGGCUGCUUCCAGAUGAGAAUGACUGUUUUGCUUUAAAAGGCAGCUUCCAGAUCUUUAGCAUCCAAACAGCAUUCUAUAUACAAAUGGUCAUUUCCUUUUUUUAAAUCUCCAUAAACUGCAAUAAAAAACACUGUUUUCUGUUCAUUCUGUUCCCCUUCUUUUCCCCUGCAUGCUUCCUCCCACCUUUGCUCAAUGCAUAAUAUAUAUGAUUUUGUAAGCUUGCAAAAGGAAUUUUAAGCACUUUUGGCUGUUCUAAUAAAAGUAUUGCUACAAAAUGAA